UUAGUCGCAAUGCUGAAGCGCCGUCAUUUCCCCUGCCAGCACGACGAUGUAGACUAAGGUAGUGACGGCCAGCCGGUCCAGUCACGUUCAUCGCACCCCCUCUUGCUUUCUUUCCGCCAGCCUGCCCUCUCGCGUUUCUGCCGCCCUGCUCGUCCAGCCAUCCAUCACAAACUGCUAGGGUUUCAGCAGGAGCAGGCUGUGGCUUCGACUCGCUGCGGCGGUGAAGUGCACCCGGCAGUUCAACUCGGAAUUCAACCUGAAGAAGCCCCCGAUACGGCAAGACAGGCCCUUCCUGUCUUGUCCGUUGUGUCCUGUCUCGGCUGUGAAGCGGCUGCAUCUACCAGCUUCUGAAGCUGUCUCCAAUCCAGGCCCAACAAGUCCCGUGUGUCAGCCGACCACUUGGUCCACGUGGCUCCAGUUUGAAGCUUGUACCGCUGGACAACCUCACUUACCGUGCGCGCUCUGCAGCGCCCAUUAAGCCCGUUGGGAACUUCGACGUAAAACGGCUGGUAGAAGAUCUCACGAGGAAAUGGCGGCGGCGCAAGAUAUGGAGUUUGUCUUAACAAACGGAAUGGUGCUGAACGUGCAGCUGAGGGAGAUAGCAGGAGGGAUGGGGGCGCGAAUGGAGGAGGUGAAUGCGCAGGGAUUGAGGGCGGAAGUGGAGCGGUGGAAGGAGCAGGCGGAGGGGUGCAAGGAGCAAGUGGAGGUGCUGGACGCGUGGAAGGAAAGAGCGGAGGCGGCGAGGAGGGGGAGGUGGGACGAGGUGAGCGCGAUGAAGCGCGGCAUGGCGCGGCUGAGAGCGGCCGUGGCCGGGCACGCGAGGCAGAUGGCGGGGCUGGAGGCUGCAGGGAUGCGGGCAGAUGGAAGGCGUGGGGGCAGAGCCGCGAGGGGUGGAGCAGGGCGGAUAGAAGAGGCAGAGGAGGGACGAGGUGAAGACGGAGCCGGGCACCUCCAAUGGGCUUCUACAGAGUGGCGCAGCUGCUGGCCAUUCUGCUGCCCUGGACGAGACUGGCAGCGUAGGAGAAUGGAGGGCGGCGGUGCAAGAGGUGCGGGCUAUGGUGGCAGAAGUGAGAAGGGACGUGGAUGGGCUGAGGGGGAGAGUGGGCGGGGUGGAGAAGAGGGGCGCAGGAGAGGGGAUGAGGGACACGGAGGAGCGGGCGCUGAGGGGGGAGGUGGACGCGCUGAAGAGCAGACUGCCUGAGAUGGAGGGCGGCACGGGCGCUGAGAGAGAAGAUCUGGAGUAGCAUGUGGGGUGUGUUGCAUGUGGGGUGUGUUGCAUGUGGGGUGUGUUGCAUGUGGGGUGUGUUGCAUGUGGGGUGUGUUGCAUGUGGGGUGUGUUGCAUGUGGGGUGUGUUGCAUGUGGGAUGUGUUGCAUGUGGGGUGUGUUGCAUGUGGGGUGUGUUGCAUGUGGGGUGUGUUGCAUGUGGGGUGCGUUGCAUGUGGGGUGUGUUGUAUUGUAUGUGGGGUGUGUUGCAUGUGGGGUGUGUUGCA